AAUUUUUUUUUUUCACCACUCUCUGAGACUUCAGCUCGGGGUAAUUAGAUAGAAGAGAAUAAAACCAGCUGAUCGGGAGAGGGGUGGUGCAUUUUGGAGCGAGAUGGCUAACAGAAACUUUCUGUUGCUCUUCUGUGGACUCUUCCUCUUAGCACUGAUUCAGCCCUCUCUUCAAGGAGGUGUGUAUGUACCACCCGGAGCUGGGGUUGGACCGGGAGGCGCCGGACCAGGAACUGGAUUUUUUUUCGGAACUGUUGGAGAAGUCCCUCCGGGCUAUAAAUCAGCUAAAGCUGCAGUAGGAGGAUAUGGAGGUCGAGGUGUAGGGCCCGGCGGUCUGGUUCCAGGAGGCGUUGGACCCGGCGGUGUGGUUCCAGGAGGCGUUGGACCCGGCGGUGUGGUUCCAGGAGGCGUUGGACCCGGCGGUCUGGUUCCAGGAGGCGUUGGACCCGGCGGUCUGGUUCCAGGAGGACUUCCAGGAGGACAAGGUGGAAAACCCCUCAAACCAGGUUAUGGCAAUCUAGGAGCAGGAGGUUAUGGCGUCAGUCUUGGAGCUGGAGGUUAUGGCGGAGGUGGCCUGGGGGCUGGAGGCCUUGGAGGAGGGGCUUAUGGUGGAUAUGGUGGAGGCUCCGCAGGCUUCUUCCCAGGAGCUGGACAGAAAGCUGCCAAAAGAGCAGGUGCAGGAGGCCCUCUGCUACCACAAGGAGGGGCCGGGGGAACAGGGAUCGGGCCUGGAGGUGCAGGGACUGGAGCUGCAGUGCCUGCUGGAGUACCUGUUAUUCCUCAGACGGGCCUUCCAGGAGGAGCCGGUGGUGCUGCAGGAAAGAAAGCUGCCAAAGUGCCAGGAGUGGGCGUGCCUGGACUUUAUCAAGGUGGACUGGUGCCAGGACAAGGGUUUGGCGGUCGUGGAGUUUUGCCUGGGGUGGCCACAGGGACUGACCUGAAUCCCAAAUCAAUUGGAGGAGGAGGAGGACAGGGAGGUCAGGGACCAGGAAGUCGUGGGUAUGCUGGGUCACUGCAGCCAGGCGUGUUCCAUGGAUAUCCACUCAAAUCACCCAAAGCACAAGGAGGCUAUGGAGCUAAAGCUGCUGGAAGCAAACUCCCCUUUGGUUAUGGGGGAUUCGGUGCUGGUGGAGCCGGUCUUCCAGGAGGACAGGGUGGUCCUGGAUCAGUCCCUGGAUAUCCUGUUGGAACUGGAGUAGGACCUGGAGGCAUCUCACCUGCUCAGGCUAAAGCUGCCAAAUAUGGAUUGGGUGGUCUUGGUGGUGUAGGAGGAGUUGGUGGUGUUGGUGGAGUGUAUCCAGGUCAGGUGCCCGGAGGUUAUGGAGCAGCCAAAGCUGCUAAAUAUGGAGUCCCAGGAGGAGUCCCAGGAGGAGUACCUGGAGGAGUACCUGGAGGAGUCCCAGGUGGCUUCCCAGGAGGGGUACCAGGAGGAGUACCUGGAGGCUUCCCAGGAGGAGUCCCUGGAGGAGUACCUGGAGGCUUCCCAGGAGGGAUACCAGGAGGAGUACCAGAGAGAGUCCCUGGAGCAGUCCCAGGAGGAGUCCCAGGAGGAGUACCUUUAGGUGGUUAUUCCCCAGCAGCCAAAGCGGCGAAGUACGGGGCAGGAGUGCUGGGUGGGGCAGGAGGACUCGGCGUACAAGGAGGAGGACGAGGAGCAACAGCAGGGCUGGGGGGACUAGGAGGAGGAGGCAGUGCCGCUGCUGCUGCUAAAGCAGCCAAAUAUGGAGGACUCGGAGCUGGAGUACUCGGAGCUGGAGGACUUGGAACGGGAGGACUCCGAACGGGAGGACUAGGAGCUGGAGGACUCGGAACUGGAGGACUCGGAACUGGAGGACUCGGAGCUGGAGGACUUGGAGCUGGAGGACUAGGAGGAGCAGGACUAGGUGGACUCGGAGGGGCUGCUGCUGCUGCCAAAGCUGCCAAAUAUGGUAAAUUCAUCAACUUCAUUUUACUCAAAUAA